AUGGAUGACGCGGCAGUGCUUGGAAAGAAAGGCUAUAACCUCAGCAACACACUAGGACAAGGCUCUUACAGCAAAGUGAAAUGUGCCUACUCUGACCGGCUGAGGUGCAAAGUGGCUGUCAAGAUCAUCGACAAGAUGAAAACUCCUGCGGAAUUUCGGCUAAGAUUUCUCCCCAGGGAACUAGAGGCUUUGAAACGUUUGCAACAUCCAUCAAUCAUCAAAACCUAUGAGAUUUUUGAGACAUCAGCUGGGAAAGUGUACAUUGUGAUGGAGCUGGGGGAAAAGGGAGACCUCCUGGACUACAUCAAGACCACAGGAGCUAUGACAGAGGACUUUGCUCGCAUGAAGUUUCAGCAGUUGGCUUCUGCCAUCCAGUAUUGCCAUGACUCAAACUUUGCUCACAGGGACCUGAAAUGUGAGAACAUCCUUCUUGAUGGUGGCCUCAACAUCAAGCUGACAGACUUUGGCUUUUCCAAACUCUUGUCUCAGGAUGAAAACGGGAAAUUGAUUCUCAGCAAUACCUUCUGUGGGUCUGCUGCAUAUGCAGCCCCUGAAGUGCUACAGGGCAUUCCUUGUGAUCCCAGGAUUUCUGACAUGUGGAGUCUGGGCGUCAUCCUGUAUAUAAUGGUCUAUGCUGUAAUGCCAUUUGAUGAUUCCAACAUCAAGAAAAUGGUUUCUUUUCAGAAACAACACAGGAUUCACUUCCCCAGCACAAAACACCUGACUGCAGAGUGCAAGGAUCUCAUUAACCACUUGCUCCAGCCCAAUGCGUCUCAGAGAUUGUGCAUAGAUGAAGUUUCGAAACACUCAUGGUUGCAGACUCCAAAUGCCACUGUCGAGUCCUCUCUUUCAGCUCCAGAAGAGGGUGAGUGUUCCCCAGCCUGCAUGAAGGAAAGCAAAAAGCAUCAAGCCAAAAGCCAUGAAGCAAAAGGGAAAACAGGGAAGUAA